AUGGAAGCGUCUUUAUACGAGGCCAUUCAUGACGAGGUAUCUCUGGAUAAGGUUUCAGACUUAAUUAAGCGUGAUGUUGAUUGUAAUUUAUCACAUUUUGAUUCAAACACUUUAAAUUUUAUUUCACCGAUUCAGUUUGCUGCUAGAACAAGUGUUUACAAAUAUGGUGCACUUCGUCUUCUUUAUAGAAACCGUAAUAGUCCAACGAAAAUGCAAAUUGAAAAACAUUUAUCAUUCUAUUUCAAUUAUUAUGAUUCAACAAACAACGAAAGCAAUCAUUUAUUUUUUGAAUUCACUAUUUCUCGACUUCUUCAUGCACGUAUUGGUAAAUAUCUACCUGGAGAUAUGGAUGUUAUUAAUGUAGCCCUUUGGAAUUACGACAAGGUAUUAUUAUAUGGACGAAAAUUAAAUAUUGGAUUGCUGUAUGAUGAAUUUCUUAAAGUGCGUAUAUAUACGUUGUUUCGAUGGUUAGCCAAGAUGAGAGCCGAGACUUCAUCGAUACAUUAUUCUGCAUCAUACGCUAUUAUUGAAAAUGAAUUAUUACAUCACUUAGAGGCCUAUUAUCUUCUACAUGAUGUUGGACAAAUUCCUGAAAAAAUUCCUGAAUAUAUGAAACCGACACAGUGUCAUAUGAAAAAAUCAUUGAGAUCCCUUCAAUCGCAAUGCUAUAAAGACAUUGCAGAAAAUAUCAUCAGGAAAAUCAAAGAACUUCAACCAAAAGAAGAAUAUAUAAUUCCAACUGGUUGGCGUGGUCAUGCCGUUUGUAUUAUAUUUAGACGAAUCGAUAACACUCUUAUCAGUAUUCGUGUUGAUAAUCCUAGUCCGUACAAUCCACCAAAGGCGCACAAAAUUAUUAAAUUAAUUGAACCAGAUGUCUAUCAAAUUCAAUCAAAAGUGUUGGGUCUAUUAGAUAUUGCAAAUUUAGAUAAAAAUGUCGAUUAUUUCAUAUUACUAAUUAAGAGCAUGAAACGAGAUUUAGAUGCAAGUACAGGCAUUCGUCUUCUUUAUAAUUCUGAUCAUAAGAUAAAAGAUCUCGAUGAAAGAGAUGAUGAAGAAGCACCGAUAAUUAUUGAACAAGCAUCUACCAAUUGUGUAGUGAAAUGUUUCGAACCAGGUUUACGAAUACGUUGUGGUAAACAAUAUGAACAACUUUGUGAAACAUUAUUUAGGCAAGAAAAAAUAACAAUUAUUGAAUUGAUAGAUAGAGGCAAAAAAUACUGGGAAGAUUGUGUUAAUAAUUUACCGGAUCGAUUUAAUCUGUUUAGAGACAUAGAUAGGAUAAAAAUUUUGCCGAUAGCACAUAAUUUUUCUCUUGAUGAGAGAUUAAAAUCGAGCUAUAAACGAUGUUACCAACAUAUUUCAAAUAUUAUUAAUGAAGAAUCUUCACAUAGAUUAGAAGAAACAUUCAUUGAUCUAAGUUUUAAAAAAGAAGAAACACUCAUACGAUUUGAAGAUCUCUUUAGUAAAUCUCGUAUACUUAUACUUGGAGAAGCAGGUUCUGGUAAAACAACAAUAUGUCAAUAUGCAGCAUAUUCUUGGGCUUGUGGAACUUUAUGGCAAAAUCAAUUCGAUUGGUUAUUCUAUAUAAAAAUGCGCAAUUUAAAUGAAAAUAUCUAUCCAUCGAGACAAGAAAACUAUUCAUUGAUAGAUGUUAUUAUUAAGGAAUGUUACAAGGAAUCCACAUUUAUCGAAAUCAAUCGACGUAAACUAGAAUUUCAGAUUACACAAUCAUCAAAGAUUCUUUGGAUUUUAGACGGAUGUGAUGAACGAAAUAUUCCAUCUUAUUUAAGUACGAUCGAACAAGAACUAUUAAGUAAGUCAAAUCUUCUUCUAACAUCAAGACCAUAUGGAACACAUAAUUGUCACUAUGAUAUGAAAGUUAACAUACAACGUUUUACAGAUGAUGAUGUUAAAGCUUACAUUCAAAAAUACUUUUAUCUUAAACCUACUACGGCCGAACAAUGUCAAAAAUUUGUAUUUAAUUCAGAUCAGUUACAGAAAGUAGCACACAUUCCUGUAUGUCUUCAAUUGAUUUGUAUUUUGUGGAACAGUAACCAGAUAAAAGAAUUGGAUACUAUAAAAAAAGCAGGGCAGCUCUAUGAGAAAAUAUAUGAAUAUCUUUUACGAAGAUAUCUAUUGAAAUUUCAUGAUUUAUGUACAUCUGCUUUUGCAAGUAAAAGUGUCUUCGAGCAUCCAAAUGCAAAAGCAUUUGAACUUUUAGAGUAUUUAGCUUUCAUAGCUGCACAAUCAAACACAUUUGCUAUUAGUGGGGAACAAAUUUCGAAUAUAACAGGUCCAUUAUUUAUGGAUGUACUUCAAAGUGGUCUUCUCAAACAGAAGGCAAAAGAUCAUAUUCCUGUAUUUACUGAGAAUGUUUACUAUUUUAUUCAUCGUAGUUUUCAAGAAUAUCUUUGUGCUCGUUAUAUGAGACGUGAAUUAACAUCGACCUGUGUAGAAAAACAAAAGAAAGUAAUUACAUUUAUUAGCGACCACAAAUAUUUUCGUUGGAUGCGACAAAUAUUUCAAUUCUUCUUCGAUUUGGACCGAUCCAAUACUACCAUGAAAGAAUUCUGGUCUGCUAUUGAUUGCGAACCACGUGAUUUAAUUGGACUUCGACAUUUUUCUCGUAUGAUGCAAUGGUUUCUUGAUGGAACUUGUGAACUUGCAAGUGAAGAUAAGACAAACCUUGAUAGAAGAACCAUUGAUAUUAUCAAAAGAUGGAUAUCGAAUAAAGAUCGUCAACCUCAUGAUUCUGCUAAUAUUUAUCUAUUCGACUGGUCGAUUGAUGUGAUUAGUGAGCAGAUUUGGUUGGAUGCAUUCAAAGAAGAUCUCUUUAUUGAGAAUCCAUCAAAACGACGUUAUUUCAUGCCUGAAUUAUGGUCUGAAACAAAUAUUGAUGAACUUAGAAAUGUCUAUAGACAAAUCCCAAAAAAUGUACACGAAAUAUAUGCUUUAAUUAAGAAUGGUCCUAUUGAGCGUGGUCUUAUAUCUUUAAAGAUAGAUAUCGAUAGAUUUCCUCCACCGAUUUUUCCAAAACAGAAACAUAUGCCGAACGGGUUACAGGAAGUUUAUGAGAAAGCCAAACGAAACGAAGCAAUUAUAACAUUAGAAGAAUUUCAGAUAGUUUUACAUAAUUAUUCUUCCUAUGCUGAAUUAAAUCGUCGAGCAACUAUACUUGAUAUACAUACAUGGCCACUCAAGAUCGAUCCAUCUGCUCUAAUCGAUAUUAGUAAAAAAACAUUAGAACUUAUUUUAGAAUUAUCUCAAAAGAAUUCAUUAUUUUAUCGUGAUUUCAACUUGCCGAUUAUUUCUUUUCUUCGACUCUAUGAAAAAUCAAAUGAUGAUGAUGACACUCUUUGUUCACUAAUUGUAUCGAUCGCACUUAAUAGUACUUGUAUUGUUACGGCAUCACCUAAACGACAAACUUCAGUUCGUGUUUACGAGCAUGAGAAGUUUGUUGAUAUCGACCUGGAUGAUAUCCGUCGAUUAAAAUUACUAAUAGAGUUCGAUAGAAUUCGAGAGAUUUAUGGUUAUUCAUUUGAUUGUUAA